AUGGGAAAUAUUUGUUUGCGCUCAAAGAAACGGGCAGCCGAUACUACAGAGGUUCAGGACUUAUGCAUAGCCGCAGUGGCAGCCGCAUGGGACUCACUACCUGCGUCGUCCCUGGAGGCGCUCCCCGCCGACCUGGUGCAGCGUGUUUUUGACGAGCUGUUGGCCGCUGGUCGGUUCUCCUUGUCCGACCUGACUAGGUUUAGAGAGCUGGACCUGGACACGGUGGUGCUGGUGGGUCGCGCGGAUGUUCGGAAUGAUCGUCUCAGGUCCCUGGAGAAGUGCUCGCGCUUGAGGUCGCUGGACCUGACCGGGUGUGUGCAGGUCAGUGACGUGGGGGUGGCCUCCCUGCGGCGCCACGGCGGCCUCCAGAGGCUGCGACUGAGCCACUGCGUGACACUGACGGAUGCCGCCCUGAACCACGUGAGAGGUCUGACAGGUCUUCAGGAGUUGGAGCUCCGGGAGUGUGAGCUGAUCACGGGCGAGGGCCUUAUGCAGCUGUCGGGACUCACCCAACUGAAGACGCUGGAUCUGGACCAGUGCAGGAGAAUAAAGGGCGGUCUCCAGCACCUCACCUCCCUGCGCCAUCUGGCCACUCUCCGCCUGGGCUGGUGCCCCCUGCUGGGGGACUCGGAGGUGACCUGGCUGCGGGAGCUGGGGCAACUCAGGGAGCUCAGACUGGCAUACACGCAGGUCACGGAUGUGGGUGUGAGCCACCUGGCCGCCCUCACGGCGCUGACUCACCUGGACCUGGGGGGCUGCACCCGGCUCACGGACGCGGCGGCGGCCCCUCUGCAGCGGCUGACGGCGCUGCAGGUUCUUUCCCUGUACGGCUGCGGCCAGUUCGGAAAUGCAGGCCUCGCCAUGCUCAUUGCCGUACCGCUGCUCUCCCUGAACAGCCUCACCCUGUCGUACACUGCCGUAACCACUCCUGGCCUCACUGCAUUGUCCUCCCUGAGCCGCCUGACCCUCCUCAGCCUGGACAGCUGCGCGGUGGGGGAUGCGGUGUGUCGGGUUCUCCGCCGGCUGCCCCGCCUGGCCAACCUGGACCUGUCCGAGACUUCCGUGGGAGACGGCGGACUGGACGCCUUAACCGUGUCGGGCCCUCCGACUUCCCUCACACACUUGAAGCUGACCUACACAAAGGUGAACGAACUGGGGAUGCCGGGGAAAUGUGUUUUUAUCACUGACGAGGGGCUGAGCAAGUUGUCUCUCCUGGUGGGGUUGCAGCAGCUGGAUCUGGAUUCAGGCACCCUGACCGAUGCGUGCCUCCGCCACGUGACGGGUCUAUCCGCCCUGACGGGGUUGGACCUCUUCAGCUGCCGCAUCACGGACGCGGGCGCCCGGCUGCUGGGGGGCAGCGGCCACCUGGGGGGAAACCUGCGGAGCUUGGAGUGCUGCGGGGGGCUGCUGACGGACGCGGGUGCCGUACACCUGGCUCGUCUGACAAGUCUCACAUGCCUCAACCUGUCUCAGAACGCGCGACUGGGGGAUGCCGGGGCGCAGAGCCUGGCGGCCAGCCUGAGUGACCUGCAGGAGCUCUCCCUCAACCACACCAACAUUACCUCCGCCUGCCUGCGGGACGUGGCCGCACUGCCCUGGCUCAGAUACCUCUCGGUCAGCAACACCAGGGUCACGGAUGCGGCCGUCGCAAAGCUCAGGUCGCGAGCCCACCCCGAUUUGAUUGUCAAGCAUUCCCAGAUUGUGCCGCCACACAGCCGGGGAGCCGCGGCACUCGCAGCGGCGUGA